AGAGAGAGAGAGAGAGAUCGAGGCUAUACGAUCUAACAAUGAGGAAGAGGACGCUUGUGUCCGUUUUGUUCCUUUUCUCCCUUCUCUUUCUUCUUCCAGAUCAAGGAAGAAAGCUACACGCGAAUGCAGAAGAUAGUUCCGAUGAGGUUACAGAUCCACCAAAGGUGGAGGAGAAACUCGGUGGUCACGGCGGUUUGUCGACGGAUUCCGAUGUUGUUCAUAGAGAGUCUGAGUCGAUCUCGAAGAAGUCACUUCGCGGUAACGCGGAGAAGUUUGAGUUCCAGGCUGAGGUCUCUCGGCUUAUGGACAUUAUUAUCAACUCUCUAUACAGUAACAAGGACAUUUUCCUAAGAGAGUUGAUCUCCAAUGCUUCUGAUGCUUUGGACAAAAUUAGGUUCCUUGCACUCACUGACAAAGACGUAUUGGGUGAAGGUGACACUGCUAAGCUUGAGAUCCAGAUCAAGCUAGACAAAGCCAAGAAAACUAUUUCUAUUCGGGAUCGGGGAAUUGGAAUGACCAAGGAAGACCUGAUCAAGAACCUUGGUACCAUAGCAAAAUCUGGAACGUCAGCUUUUGUUGAGAAAAUGCAAUCAAGCGGGGAUUUGAACCUUAUUGGACAGUUUGGAGUUGGGUUCUACUCUGCCUACCUUGUUGCUGACUACAUUGAAGUCAUUAGCAAGCACAACGAUGACAAGCAGUAUGUAUGGGAAUCAAAGGCUGACGGUAAAUUUGCUGUUUCCGAGGAUACAUGGAACGAGCCUAUUGGACGUGGAACUGAGAUUAGAUUACAUCUUAGAGAUGAAGCUGGAGAGUACCUCGAGGAGAGUAAACUUAAGGAAUUGGUGAAGAGAUAUUCUGAAUUUAUUAACUUCCCUAUCAGCCUCUGGGCGAGCAAAGAGGUUGAAAACGAGGUCCCAGUUGAAGACGAUGAAUCAACUGAAGAGGAUACUGAAACCAGCACUACCGAGGAAGAGAAGGAAGAAGAUGCCGAGGAAGAAGACAGUGAGAAAAAGCCGAAAACCAAGAAGGUGAAAGAAACUGUUUAUGAAUGGGAGCUUCUGAACGAUGUUAAGGCUAUAUGGCUGAGAAGUCCAAAGGAGGUGACGGAGGAAGAGUACACUAAAUUCUACCACUCUCUCUCAAAGGAUUUUACUGAAGAGAAGCCAAUGGCUUGGAGUCACUUCAAUGCCGAAGGUGAUGUUGAAUUUAAGGCUGUGUUAUAUGUUCCUCCAAAAGCUCCUCAUGAUCUGUAUGAGAGCUACUACAACAGCAACAAAGCGAACUUGAAGCUUUAUGUCAGGAGAGUCUUCAUCUCUGAUGAAUUUGAUGACCUUCUGCCUAAAUAUUUGAGUUUCUUGAAGGGUCUUGUUGACUCUGACACAUUGCCUGUAAAUGUAUCACGAGAAAUGCUUCAACAACACAGCAGCUUAAAGACAAUAAAGAAGAAGCUUAUCCGAAAGGCCCUUGAUAUGAUCCGCAAGCUUGCUGAAGAAGACCCUGAUGAGGUCCAUGAUGAUGACAAAAAAGAUGUGGAGAAGUCUGGUGAGAAUGAUGAGAAGAAGGGCCAAUACGCCAAAUUCUGGAACGAGUUUGGAAAGUCGAUUAAACUUGGCAUCAUUGAGGAUGCCUCUAACAGGAACCGCCUUGCAAAACUUCUUCGUUUUGAGACCACCAGCAGGCUAACGAUUUGUAAUUUGCUAUUCCAGAACAAAGUCCGAUGGAAAAUUGACUUCCCUGGACCAGUCAUCUUCUUCACGGACCCCGUAGAUGAAUACUUGAUGCAAUACCUGAUGGAUUACGAGGACAAGAAGUUUCAGAAUGUGUCGAAAGAAGGACUCAAGGUUGGGAAAGAUUCGAAGGUUAAGGAGCUGAAGGAAGCAUUCAAGGAGCUAACCACGUGGUGGAAAGAGAGUCUCGCUAGCGAGAAUGUGGACGAUGUGAAAAUCAGCAACCGAUUGGCUGACACUCCCUGUGUAGUUGUAACGUCCAAGUUCGGAUGGAGUGCGAACAUGGAGAGGAUCAUGCAGUCCCAAACUCUCUCCGAUGCUAAGAAGCAAGCUUACAUGCGAGGAAAGCGAGUCCUCGAGAUCAACCCAAGACACCCUAUCAUCAAAGAACUUAAAGAAAGAGUUGCUAGCGACCCAGAGGAUGAGAGCGUGAAAGAAACGGCACAGCUCAUGUACCAGACGGCUCUGAUCGAGAGUGGAUUCAUACUCAGCGACCCAAAAGACUUUGCAGGCCGUAUUUACAACUCUGUCAAGAGCAGUCUGAAGAUCAGCCCUGAUGCAGUGGCCGAAGAGGAAGUCGAGGCAGAGGAAACAGAGACCAGUGAGGAGGCUACCGAGACCAAGCCAGAUGACUUGCCUAGUGGUCUAAACAUUGAGGCCGAACCAGUUGAGCAAGAGCCAGUCAAGGACGAACUG